GCCAUGAGUUGAUUAACAAUCAUCCAGUGGACAUCGAUUGUGAUUGUUUACUAAACUUAAUUGUCUCCUAUGUGGUUAUUAUAUAUUUAACUUGGUUAAUCUAAUUACUAUUUACUUAUCCACUGGAAAAUCAACUAAAAAGAUACAAUAUAAAAGUGAUUAACUGAUUAAACAAAAUGUUGGAACAUUGGAAAUCCAUAACGAUCGGCUUAUUGUUGAUCUGUUUACUUGAUCAAAGUGAAUCUCGUUACCUUGAUUCUUGGCUUAAGUUUGAAAAUUUCACCCAUCAAAAUGUGAUUAAUUUUGUGAAUAAUUAUGAGAAUGAUUUUCUAACACUAAUCAAUUCAAGUGACGUGACAACUAAGUGUCGAUCAUCUUUAAUCGAUUACAAAAAUGGACUAAUUAACUUCGAGUUAACUUCAGUCAAACGAUUAGAUUCGAGCGGAAAAUGGCCUAGUGGUGUUUUAGCGGGAACAUUUACCGAUUUAGGAUCAUUUGAUUCUUGUAUUUCAUUGGAAUCCAGUCAAUAUUGUCUUCUCUAUACAAAUGUCCCUUUAUUCAACGAAACGGGAUACGAAGGAUUCAUGCGUCCAUACGAACAACAAUUAUUUAAUUUCUCUUCUCAACCAUUCCAAUAUUUCUCGAAAUAUAUUCACUUUCUUCGUCGAAUGAAUAUAACAACCGGACUAUGUGUACCUGAUGAUUGUUCGAGAGAAGAAUUGAAACAUUUAGUCGGAAAAUUUUUCGACAAAUAUAAUACUGGUUUAAUCGCUGAUGUUGAUCUUUGUUACUCUAAACCAGAGACUAUUGUAUGGAGAGCAUCAGAAGCGAUUGGACUUGGAUUAGUUGUGUUGAUUAUAUUUCUAAAUUUAAUUGGAAGUUGGUCAUCGGAGGAAUCGCUUCUUUCAUCGUUUAAUUGGUCAGCAAAUAGAAGGAAAUUAUUCACGAUUGAUAAUUCGGCUACUUAUGAAUCCUUGAGCUUCUUGGAUGGAAUCAAAGUAUUUACCAUGUUCUUGGUGGUUCUUUCUCAUUUCCAAAUGGGAAACAUGUUCAACUUAUAUAUGGAAUCGUUCAGAUUCAUUGAGAUCGUCACUAAUCCGGCCUUUAUCCCAGUUUAUCUCGCCCCUUACACCGUUGAUCUUUUCCUUAUGGUAACAGGACUGCUUAUGGGCUUUUAUUUCUUCUCUGGUAAACGAAGUCUCAAUGUUCUGUCCUAUGUGGUCGGUCGAUGGGCUCGAUUUGCCGCUCUAAUGGGUUGGAUUAUCUGCUUGCAGUUCAUCUUUUUCGGUGAACAUUUUCGUUACUAUUUUGGUGGACCAUUUUGGGGAGAUUAUAGUUCCGUUGGGUCAAUAGUUGGAUCUUGUGAGAGAACCUGGUUCACUACAUUGUUACUGAGUCAAUUUUGGUUCGACAGUUCGAGCGACGCUAAUGUUUGUCUCUUAUUCGAUUGGUACCUUGCGGCAGAUUUUAUGCUCUCAGUUAUGUUUCUUCUUGUUCUAUUUCCGUAUCUUAAAAAAUAUCGAAAAGUAUCAAUUUUUAUGUCGAUCUUUUUAAUCGCCGUUGGACUUUCAUUUUCUGGCCUUGGAAUUCACUUUCUCGGUAUUCCGACAACUUGGAUCGCAAGUAAUUUCCAACGAAUGCCACUAAUUCAAUACUCGUUUGAUUUCAAUCUUAAACCAUGGCCUCAUAUGGGUUCCUACUUUGUCGGGGUCACUUUCGGCUUCAUCGUGUCCAAUCCUAAGCUAAAGUUAUCAAAGGUAAAAGAUAAUAUUGGGUUGAUUUUAUGUCUAUUGUGUUUAUCCGCUAAUUUUAUUUACGAAUAUGCUGUUAAUCGAUUUGGAAUUGAUCCCGUUUAUCCGAUCGCUUUGACCUAUGGAAUUGUCUCCAAGACAAUUUGGUCGGCAGGAUGGGCUUGGAUUGUUUUAAUUCUCAAAUUAGGAUACUUCCAAUCAGUUUCGAGAUUUUUGUCACACAAAGUUUUCAGAAUUCUUUCCAAAAUCAACUUAUCGGUUCUUUGUACCAACUUGCUCAUCAUUAGACUUCGUUCUGGAUCAUCGAGAACUCUAAAUUAUCCGGCCUACAUUGACGCUCUUCUUUAUCACUAUUUUCCAUUGUACAUAAUUAUUUAUACUCUUGCAUUAGUAUCGACGCUGAUGGUUGAAUUUCCAACUGUUAAUUUGCUGAGAAAUAUUUUUAACAAUCAACGUAAACAAAAAAAAAUGAUCAACAAAAUUGACCAAUCUCCUGGUGAGGAAAAUCACAAUUUAACUGAACGAGCAAUUACCAGAAUUGUUAUCACUUCUGAUAAUAGUUAAGCAACAAUUAACCACAACAAUCAAAUUAUGUUUUAAAUAUCUAUCGACAUUAUAAUCACCUGAUAUUCAGGUAACUGUUAUUAUUAUUGACUAAAUUUUCAAAGACAAACCAAUUCAAAAAUUGGAGACUCAAAGUUUUAUAUUUUUUUCAACUCAAUUCAAUUUGACAUUGUAAUUAUGUUGCUUUUAUUUACCACAAUUAAACAAAUCACAACAAAA